GUUUACUGUUGUUGGGAAGGACGAGGCUGGCACUGCACUAAUGUGUCAUUUAUACACUUUCUACACCUUAUUCACCAGUGUAAUCACUCCAGUACACUGUACACCAAUGUACAUGAGUACAGUUCAUGGGGGGAAGGAGUGAGGCAUGUUGUGUCUUCUCAUCAGUUUCUGAAGUAGGUGUCCUGAAUCCAGCAUGACUUGUGUUUGGCUUGCUCUGAAUGAUAUGAAGCCCACAUCUAGAUGUAGACCUGUACAUCUUCGGCUUUCUCAAAAUUCGCUUCAAAAGGAUCAAGUGGAAGACAAGAAACUUUCCAUAAGUAAAAUGGAGAUGGCAGUAUGCAAUCAAAAGUUUUCAGGUAAAGUAUGUAAAAAAAGCAAAAACUUGCCCCAGAAGAAUCAAAUGUACACGAUGGAAGAGUGCUACAAUGAAGAUGAGGAAAUCCCCAGCAAUAGUAUGGAGAGAGUGCUAUGCAAUCAGAAGCUCUCACAUAAAGUAUGUAAAAAGAGACCCAAAAAGGCCAAGAUGAAAAUUAAGUUUUCAGGACUGAGAAAAGAUUUGGUGUUGAAAACCAAACAAGAGGUGAUUAAGAAUGAUAAGCACAGUUUAAAGAAGAUUAAAAAAAAAAAUAAAGCACAGUAUCAGGCAAGUGAUGCCAAUGUGUGUGAAGGAACUGAAACUGCUGGCAAGAAAUUAUACUCUGAAGGAAAGAAGUGUAAGAAAUUAUGUUCCAGAAGAGGUAGAAACUUGAGUAGGCCAAAGGAAAGUAAGAGUAUUUGUAAACUUAAAGUAACAGAUGAAUCUUCAAGCAUGGAACCUGAAAUAAAAAUGGAAAAAUUGGAGGAUGUUAAUGAUAUUCAGUUAGUAAAAGAUAAGGAAAAUAAAGAGGAAAACCCUCUGGGAAUUGAUGUGAUAAACAGGAUAGAAAAUGAGCAGAGAGAAUUAAUUGAGAUUGAUUCAGUGGGGAAGGAAGGGAGAUUUGAGGAGAGAAAAGUGUGUAUUGUGAGAGAUGCCUUGGUGGAAAAGGCUGAAUAUUGCCCGAGUGAAACUAAAUCAGAAAUACGAAGGAAAAACAGUGAAGAAAGAACAGACAAGAAACUGGAUACCAAGAAAAGUAAACUGAUUAAACAUAUUGCAAAACAUUGGGAAAAUCCAGACCAAAUCUCUAAAGAGAAGAAUUUUGCAGAGAAUGGAGCAUUGUCACCAAGAGCAACUCAGGAAGUAAGUGAGGUUACCAUGUUUGGUGAUAGCACAGACACAGUGGAAAAGAGCAAUGGGCAAUAUAGAUUUGGUGAAAAUGUUACUCAAAAAAUAUUUUUCAGUGAUGCACAAACUGUGAUAAACUCAAUAUAUGAAAAUCUUGGCAGGGGUCAUCAUGGUUUAUAUUUACCCAGAGACAGUUUAAGUUUUCCUAAAUGCAAUGUAAGCCAUUCUGUAGUGAUUAUUACACAUUCCAAGAGCAGUACCGAUAAGUGCAAUAAUUGUGUAAGUAAUUUUAAGGAUAAUGUAAACCUUUCACAAGAGAUUGUAACCUAUGUCCAUGACUACAAUACCCAUUCCAGUGAUGAAGUACAACAUUCCCAAGAGAGUGUAAAUCAUUCCAGGGGCAAUGAACAACAAUCCCAAGACAUCGUAAGCCAUUUCAGGGACUAUGCACAACAUUCCCAAGAUAGUGUAAACCUUUCCAGGGACAAUGAGCAACAUUCCCAAGAUAGUGCAAACCAUUCCUGGGACAAUGAGCAACAAUCCCAAGAUGUAAACCAUUCCAGGGACAAUGUACAACAUUCCCAGGAUAAUGUAAACCAUUCCAGGGACAAUGAGCAGUAUUCUGAAAACAGGGUAAACCAUUCCUGUGAUAAUGUGCAGCAUUACCAAAACUGUCUAAGCCAGUCCAGAGAGUGUUUACACCAUUCCCAAGAAUCUGUAAGCUCUUCCCACAGCAAGAGUUUUGAUGUUAGAAAGCUGCCACCUAAGGGACCAGAGAACAGUCCUGAUAUACAUGGUUGUACAGCAGGGUUAAGUAAGACCUUUGGGCAACUUGCCACUGUUAAUCUCAUGCACAAUUUACUUGCAGUUUCUUUUCAGAGACAGGAAGAAGAUAUAUGGUCCUCAUAUAGAGACACAGCCAUGCCAGAGAUAAUUGAUUUGAUUUCUGAUAGUGAAGGGGAUGAAACAGUAAAGUCUUUAGACAGUUCCAAGAAAAAUGCACUUUACAAGACUAGUCCUGAAAAUGAUACUCACUGUGUUUCAUUAGAAAAGCAACAGAUAUCUAUGUCUAUUAUUUCGCCCUUGAGGGAGAGUAUUUUCAGCAAGCAUUAUCUUGCUCAUGCGGCAUCUCCAGAGAAGAGUCCGAGUGUAAGUAACAAUGAGGUUAAAAUAGUUACUGAAAAUAUAACCAGUACUUUGAAGAUGGCGUGUAGUAGUCUUUUGGCUUAA